AUAUAUAGUAGAACUGGGUGGAAAGAGAGGAAAUCAGACACAUAAACAAAUAAGAACUUUUGUUUUACUAUAUUCCGAGAAUGAAUAUCGCAGGUAUUGUUCCAACGUUGUAUGAAGCUAUUGCUCCGACUUUCCAUGGCGAGUGGAUCAAGGUAGAGCAAAAAGGAAAGGGACCAGGACCGAGAAGUUCGCACGCCAUAGCCGUGGUAGGAGACAAGUUAUACUCAUUUGGUGGCGAAUUCACAUCCAAUGUCCCCGUCGACAAAGACCUUUACGUCUUUGACCUCAACACCCACACUUGGUCAAUCGCUCCGGCCACCGGAGACAUUCCAACACUCGGUUGCUUAGGCGUCGCCAUGGUGGCCGUUGGAUCCACACUCUACGUCUUCGGAGGCCGUGAUGCGUCCCGAAAGUACAACGGGUUUUACUCGUACGACACUGUGAAAAACGAGUGGAAACUUGUGACUCGGGUUGAGGAAGGACCCGAGGCUCGUAGCUUCCACUCCAUGGCUUCGGAUGCAGCGAACGUGUACUUGUUUGGUGGGGUGAGCAAAACCGUGAGGCUCAAGACGCUAAACGCGUUUAACGUUUCUGAUGAGAAAUGGGUCCAGCUUCCGACACCGGGUGAUUCUUGUAAAGAAAGAGGAGGAGCUGGUCUAGUUGUGGUUCAAGGGAAGGUAUGGGUGUUUUACGGAUUCUACGGAGACGAGUGUGAUGAUGUCCAUUGCUUCGACGUGGAUCGAAACGUGUGGACUAAAGUCGAGACUACUGGGGAGAAGCCUUCACCAAGGAGCGUUUUCGCGAUUGCGGCUGUUGGGAAACAUGUCAUUGUAGUUGGAGGGGAGAUCGAGAUGGACCCUCAGGCCCAUGUUGGUCCUGGGAAGUUGUGUGGCAAAGGUUUCGUGUUGGACACGGAAACGCUGGUGUGGAAGAACCUGGAAGAUGGUGGAGGGGAGGCACCGACUGAACCGCGUGGCUGGUGUGCAUCGACGGCUGCGACGGUAAAUGGAAAGAAAGGGAUGCUGAUGUUUGGUGGGAAGGCUCAGACCAACAACCGCUUUGAUGAUCUUUACUUCUACGCGGUGAAAGAGCUUAACCCUCUCAUCAAUGUUCGUGUUGGACUUGGAUUAUUUUAAUCUCAUAAGGAGAUUUGUCAGAGACUGAGAGUUGGUGUAAAAUACCUAAAAAUAAUGGGUCUCUGCUUGUGGUUUGAAGUCUGGUGUGAUCAAAACAUCAAAGUCUGUUUUUGUUUUUGUUUGUUUUAAGUAUUUAAUAAUGUGUGACUCUGCUUGUGGUUUGAAGUAUUCUGUAACUGAAACGUCAAAGUCUGUAUGUGAUGAAUAAUGCGUGUCUCUGCUUGUGGUUGGAAAUAUAUAUUGUGAUUGUGAAUCAUCAAAGCCUCUCUUUUUAAUAUUUACCUC